AUGAUGGAGAGUAAGGAUGGGGAUCAGAGCUUCGGUACUCUGUUGAAGCAGGGGGCAGAAGCUGUGAGCGCACCAGUGCUGAAGAAACCGGAGUUUCCUGAUAUUUCCUAAUUACUUUUAUUCUUUUUGACCUUUGUUUUUCCAUCCAGAGAGUGUUCGAGUCAAACUUCAUCGGGCGAAAGUCAAUUGUCAAGGAACGCUUCUCAAAGAAGUACAGGCACCCAGCCUUGGAUUCAAAGUUGACACUCAAGCGUCUGAAUGCGGUAAUUGUCAAAUUUGAGCAAGCCCUUGGAUUGAAUGUGACCACCAUUUUUGGAAAGAAAAGAAAACAAAGCUAGCAAGCUUUGAUUCCUGAGUGAGCAGCUCCCUCGUUUUUUUGGUAGAAAUUGUCGCAAUAUGCCUGAUGAAGUGAGGAAUUUAAACCCAAAUCGGCCCAGGAUGGGAAAUUAUGCCAGAUUGGAGCAGCACUAGUUACUAAGAACAAGAGCAAAUCCCUCUUGCUCUUCUGACGAUUUCUCAUCAGUCAACUCAUCGAGUGGCUUUGGAUCAAACCCAACCACCAUUUUAGAGGCAGAAGCCGUCUAAUCUAUGAUUUUCAUACGGGGAAUUCUUUACUUGCCUUUUCUUAUUGAUGGAAACUUUUACCGUUAAUAUUCCCCAAGAAUCUGGUGAUCACAUGAAGCAGAUCCCCAUCUCGGUAUUCGUGACCUCUGAUGAAUGUCUUCUUGGGUGGCUGCAGGAGGCCCGGUGCAUGACCAAGGCCAGAAGGCUGGGUGUCCUUACCCCAGCCCUGUAUGCCGUCGAUCCUCUGCUGCACACCUUGACUUUGGAGUACAUAGAGGGGCCUGCAGUCAAAGAAGUCCUCUUGGGCUUUGGCUCCUGCGGCAUUGAACCUAAGAAGCUGGGUGACAUGGCAGUGCAGAUCGGCUCCGCCAUUGCAAAGCUGCAUGAUGGGGGCCUCAUUCAUGGCGACUUGACGACCUCAAACAUGAUUGUCCAGACAGAGACAGACCGCCUGGUGAGAGAGUCUCCCAACUUGCUGCCUUUUGAUUUCUCCCCAAUAUGCCAUAUAAUCUGUAUGUCUUCCUUAUUCUGUGGAAUUUUCUGCCUGGAAACUUAUUCUGUAGCAAUGGAGGACCCCUAGAUAUUUCCGAUUUGGUGAUUAGUCCUACAUUACCUCUGAGUAAUUGUUUUCUUGCUUUGAUUAGUAAGGAUUUAUUUCUGACUCACCCUCUCGACAUGCCUUUUAAUCUGCUAAUUUUCCCUUCGAAAGCUCGGCUUUGUGGAGUUUUUUUAUCGAGAAAGUUACUUUGGGAUACAGAAAACACCUCUACGUUUCUGAUUUGGGUAUUAUUCCCUCAAAUGCUGCCGAUUGAUUUUAUUUUUUUCUUCGAAUAGAAAGAUAGUUUUCAAACUAUCCUAUUGAUUUCUUCCAGACGUACCUUGAGGUUGGUUGAUGGUUUCCAUUCCGCUUAAGGACCCAAAAUUCUUUUCUCCGACAUAAGGAAGAAGCCCUUCUAUCACUGUUCCUUCAAGCUGGUGAACUUGACCAUGGUUGAAAUCACUCCGCCUCUAGCUGGUGGAGUAAAUGACUGACAAGCCCAUGUCUUACUCCAUCGCCCUGAGCACCAGAAGCUUCUCUCUCUCUCUCUCUCUCUCUCUCUCUCUCUCCAGCUGUUGUCACUCACCCUGUCGUUCCCAUUGUACUAAAGUUCCAUCGGGCUGAUUUUUUCCCAGGUUUGGAGAAUUCCUUGUAUCAUCACAGAGGACUAAUAAUCACAGGCAAAGAAAAAGAUGAAGAUUAUUAGGGUACUCAAAAUCAAGAAUACCUAGUUUUAAUGCGAUGAUACUCUCUGGAUCUUGUUCUGGCAGGUCCUCAUCGACUUUGGCCUGAGCUUCACCUCCACUCUACCUGAAGAUAAAGCCGUUGACUUGUACGUCCUGGAGAGAGCAUUGCUUUCCAUGCACUCAACAUGCGGCAACGUGGUGAGUGAAACUUUGUUCGUUCGCUGCAUGGGUUUGGUCCUCUCUCCACAAACUUCCUAAAAGGGCAAAAUCUUUUGUGCAUAUAGCUGACUAAAAGGGCUUUCGGUUCCCCACCCAGUCCCACCACUGUUCCUCUCUCUAGAUGGUACGGUGUUGUCGCCAUUUUACAUGGAAGAGGGCCUGGUGCUCUGCUCUCAUCAUUGUUUCUCUCUCUAGAUGGCAUGCAUGAUAUGGUGUGGACAGCCUUCAAGCACUGGGCUGGGCCGGACUAGGCUCAUUUCCAUUUUGAGACUUGACUUUCGAAUAACCAUGUUGACUGACCCCUGGCAUCCGGGCAAUGGGAAAAGAGGCGGGUUUUCCUCGCAGCUUCUGCUUCUCCUGAUUGUUCACGUCUGUGGAAUCCCUGAUUCUUGGGGUUUGUCGAUCAUAGCUCAUCUCAUCUUCGUCUCACCCUGCUGAGCAGAUGGAUCAGAUUCUUGCUGCUUACAGGAGGUCCUCGAAGCAAUGGUCCGCGACUUUCAACAAGCUCGCUCAAGGUUCUCUCUCUCUCUCUUUCUCUCUCUCCCCUCGUUCUACCCCUCACUCUCAAAUUCGGAGGAAGCUUUACUAUUCCUUAGCAUUCCCAUUGCUGCAUCAUCUGCAGUGAGACAGAGAGGUCGCAAACGGGCAAUGAUCGGGUAG